CUCCUUCCUUCAAAGUCUAUAUAUAUGCUGACAUAAGAGCUGUGGGUAUCAUCCAUAGCAAUUAGCAAACUCAAAUUCCUUACUUAAAAGCAGUUUACAGGCGAUUUCAGGGGAGACCAAUUCAGAUACUCACACAGCAUCAAUGAAGAGUCUUUUUGUCAUCCUUUGUUUUCUGGCGCUGGUGGUUUCAGUGGAAUUUAAUGUUGUCAACGGCAGAGCUCUGCGAUUGAUGGAGACCGCAGUGGCUGGCUGUGAGGAUGGAGGAGGAGCUGGAAGAAUGGGUUCGGCGGGGUUUGCUGUUUCUGCAACCAACUCGAGCGGGAGUCCUUCAGUGAUCAUGAGGAGCUUGGCUUUUAGAUUAGCCUCUGGACCAAGUGAAAAAGGUCCUGGCCAUUAGCAAGAUCUUUAUUUUAACUUUAGUUUUGCACAAGAGACCCUAUUUUGCAAUCGAGACCAUACCAGAUUGCAAAAUGGUAAUGGUUGUGCAAUUUUGAAAUUUAGGACUCUCCAUGUGAUAGUUUUUGUUGUGUUAUUUGGUAUAGUUUAUACUGUAAAUCAGUUUUUUGUUUACACAAAUAUGUGAACUAGAUUUUUUUCUUUUUUCUUUUUUUGGUCUUUUCAUUUUUGAAAGGAUUUGUUUUAAGAUUUUUAUACACUACUUGUAAUUAGACAGAAAUUAAUUAAAGUGAGUUAG